AUCUUUUAGCACCUCAAAUUAGCGGGCCAAACGAGCGAAUCAUAGCACGUCAACGCUGCAAUUGCAUGCGUCGAGGCUCGAAAUCCUUUUGCACCGUCGCUCUGCAGCCGGUAGGUGCAUGCGUGCAGCAGGGAAGCCGCGAUCCUUACCAGUGCGUCAAUCACUGAGGCAGCCAAGGUGCGCGGACGCGCAAAGGUGUGGCUAGCGUGCAAGCCGGUGGACGCAAUUUUGCAACAGCGCAACGGCAGCCCUGCAACCACAGCCGCAAAUACGAAAGAUGUCCCUCAAGCGCUCGCGCGGAGAAGGCGACCUCACGGCCCUGGCGCCGCCGACCUUCGCGGCGUCCAGCGCCGCCAAAAGACGUCGCACGGACAGCGGUCCCUCCAAUGACAGGAGGGAGUCCUUCGACGUGCUCACGUCGACAGCUCAAAGUUGGGACUCCGCACUGUUGAGCGCGUAUAUGGUCGACCACACGUCAACACCCGUAUCAAUAGAUGAGGAGGACGCGCCCCAGUGGAGCGGGUCCUGGGCCGGCCACAGCGCGCAGAUGGCGUUUCUGUUCGGGAAGCGCGCGCCGCCGCCGCGGCCACCUUCGAGGACAGUUGAAGAGGUCGACUACGACGCGUCAGACGACGAGGCCGCCGAGGGCGACGUGAACAAGGUCGCGCGGGCCUUCGCGAAGGGCCAUAGACUGAGACGAGGGUUUUUCGCGUCCGCUCUCCGACGACGGCUCCAGACGCUCCAGGAGACGAAUCAGAGGUUGAAAGCAAUAGCUCGAGAACAUUUGGACGAAAGCGAACGCGCGAAGCUCUUCGCAGAGUUAGGGAGCGAGGACAAUUCAGCGAUUACGUCGAGGGACGAGUCGAUGGCCCGCGGUGACCUAUGCUUAGUGAAAGUCAUCCAGGAGGCCCAGCGAUCUUUCUGCGUCACGGACCCGCGACAGCCGGACAAUCCGAUCGUCUGGGCGUCGGACGCCUUCCUGCGGAUGACCGGCUAUGCUCGAGAGGAAGUCAUCGGCCGGAACUGCCGGUUCCUGCAAGGUCCUCGGACGGACCCUAGACGAGUGGGAGAGAUCCGCGACGCCGUCGCCGGCGAGCACGAGUGCCUCGUGACGCUACUAAACUACCGCAAGGACGGCGAAACCUUCUGGAACCGCUUCUUCAUCGCGCCCUUAAGGGACAGCGAAGGAGCGGUGACAUACUACGUCGGCGUGCAGGUCGACGUGAGCGAGGCGAUCGCGGCGUCGUCGGCGGGGAUCGGGGCUUUGGGUUAAGUAAUCUAAUUGU